AUGGAGACACCUUCCUCAGAAACAUCGGGUGCCUCUGUUCCAAGCACCGAGUCGGCAGUCUCGGCAUCUGCUGCCCGCCGGCUCGGUGCUAAAAGAGCAGCUGCGCAUGCUGCCCUUGGACCUCUCCAAGAGGAGAAGGCUUCCCCAUUUUCUCCCGGGGAAGUCAGUGCCAAAAGACGAUGCCGCGGUCUGUCUGAGCAAUGCUGCGGCUAUGACAGUGACAUGACAUCGUGCUCCUUUCUCAACACCCUCUGGAAAGUUGUUGAAAGUGUUGGCUUCCAGUCCAUUCGGUGGGGCGAUGAGGGAGACUUCAUUGUGAUUGAGGAGGCGUUCUUCAGAGCGGAAGUACUGGCCAGAGGAGGAACUCUCCAAGUCUUUGAUGUUGGCAACAUGAAAGAUUUUGUCCGUCGCCUUCAUCAGCAUGGCUUCUACAUCACGGACGCGGAUUUGCCAACGUCUGCCCCAUGUGCUCAGUUCCUAGCACAGGGAGCAUCAAUUUCCACUCCGAGCCAGUUACUCUGCUACUAUCAUCCCUAUUUCCAGAGAGAUCGUCUCCAGUGCCAAAGAAGAUUCAAGCGGAGUCUUGGAGCUAGGAGGAGACCAGCUUCCUCCUUGCAGGCCUUCCAGUGGGGUUGGCAGGAGGGCCAGCAGAGCAGAAGCCUGCAGCCAGACAUGCAGUCAGGUGCUGCUGCACGGGCGGGCAGUGAGCUCCCUGGCAGCAGCUGCAAUGCUGCUCCUGCUGCUGCUGCUGCUGCUGCUGCUGCACAUCACAGCAGACGUCCAGCACCAAGCGGUCCUUUUCCACGGGGGCUGAGACCCGAUAGCGGAGCUGGGGGUGAUGGAGUUGGACGCCGCUACAACUUGCGCCCCAGGAAGCGCUGCUGA